ACGUUUGCUUUUCUCUGCAAACACAACUUCCCUUCCCGUCGUAUUUAUUUGGUGGUCUAGUUCCCAACUUUGUUUGGCAGACGGGAAAAUAUUUUCUCUCUUUUGCUUCCCUACUUUCACUUGGUUGGAUUUUAUUUCAUUAAUUUUCCCGGGCCCUCUACAAAUUGUUUUGUAUUUCACAUUUGGGUCUGGAGCUGUUGGAUUCAUUGCAGGCUGUAAAGGCUGUAAGUUUGGUAGAAAUUAUUAAAUUCUGCUAAAAGCUUCAUCCUGAUGGGUUCUUCUGAAGCAGUGCUGCAAGUUUUUUCUGGUGCAGUACCUUGUCAUUUUUUUAGUUACUCAUGUUUAAGCAAAUUUGAUCCAAUUACUUCUUAUAAAUACCACAUAAACUGUAUAAAGAAAAAAGUGUCAAGAAAUAUGCAAUCACUGGUUUGUUCAACUAUGCUACAAAGCGGCCUUGGAACUUAUCCAUCUCAUGGGAUAGGGAGUGGUUCAUAUGGAAGCAUGACAAAACGUCGCUCAUGGCUUCAGAGAUGCAAGUGUCAACAAUCAGAAAGUGUUAGCGGGAUAAGUACAGAAGGUGUAAAUGGAGCGUGGUUUGUAGAUAGUGCAAAGAAAUUGGAUACAAUCAAUGGUAAGGUGAAUGGACCAAAUAUGUUAGAGUUUCAGAAUAUUCAACAACUGAAACAGGAAGAGGAGGUUUUGAAGUCUAAUGGUACUAAUGGGACAGUUAGAGAUGGCUAUCAUAAGACUAUUGUUGAUUCCAUUGAGGAUGAAGCAUGGGAUUUGCUACGAGAUUCUGUAGUUCAUUAUUGUAACAGUCCUAUUGGAACCAUUGCUGCCAAUGAUCCGACCAGUUCCAAUGUGUUGAAUUAUGAUCAGGUCUUCAUUCGUGACUUCAUACCUUCUGGAAUAGCCUUCUUACUGAAGGGGGAGUAUGAUAUUGUUCGAAACUUUAUCUUGCACACACUUCAAUUGCAGAGCUGGGAGAAAACAAUGGAUUGUCACAGCCCUGGUCAAGGUCUGAUGCCUGCUAGUUUUAAAGUUCGCACAGUUCCGUUGGAGGGUGAUGAAUCAGCAACAGAAGAGAUACUUGAUCCGGACUUUGGGGAGGCAGCAAUCGGCCGUGUUGCACCAGUUGAUUCUGGAUUAUGGUGGAUUAUAUUGCUGAGGGCAUAUGGAAAAUGUUCGGGUGAUCUUUCAGUUCAGGAGAGAAUUGAUGUACAGACAGGAAUUAAGAUGAUACUAAGGCUCUGUCUUGCUGAUGGUUUUGAUAUGUUCCCUACAUUAUUGGUGACAGAUGGUUCCUGCAUGAUAGAUCGCCGUAUGGGUAUACAUGGACAUCCUCUGGAAAUCCAGGCACUUUUCUAUUCAGCAUUACUUUGUGUGCGUGAGAUGCUUGCUCCAGACGAUGGAUCAGCUGAUCUUAUCCGAGCACUAAAUAAUCGUCUGAUAGCUUUGUCAUUUCACAUCAGAGAGUAUUACUGGGUUGACUUGAAAAAAUUGAAUGAAAUAUACCGUUAUAAAACUGAAGAAUACUCUUAUGACGCAGUCAAUAAGUUCAACAUUUACCCAGAUCAGAUUUCUCCUUGGCUGGUAGAGUGGAUGCCCAACAAAGGGGGUUAUUUAAUUGGAAACUUGCAACCAGCUCAUAUGGAUUUCCGAUUCUUUUCUUUAGGAAACUUGUGGUCCAUAGUAUCAAGUCUUUCUACAUCGGAUCAGUCCCAUGCCAUUUUGGAUCUUAUAGAAGCUAAAUGGGCAGAUUUGAUAGCUGACAUGCCUUUGAAGAUUUGUUAUCCUGCUCUAGAAGGUAUGGAGUGGCAGAUCAUAACGGGCAGUGAUCCGAAGAACACGCCUUGGUCCUACCACAAUGGAGGUUCCUGGCCAACCCUGCUAUGGCAGCUCACAGUCGCUUGCAUAAAGAUGAAUAGACCAGACAUUGCUGCAAAAGCUGUAGAAAUUGCUGAGAAACGGUUAUCACGAGACAAGUGGCCUGAAUAUUAUGACACCAAGAGAGCAAAGUUCAUUGGAAAACAAGCACAUCUGUAUCAAACUUGGUCCAUUGCUGGAUACCUUGUUUCAAAACUCUUGCUUGCUGACCCUAGUAAAGCUAAGAUGUUGAUAACUGAAGAGGAUUCUGAACUUGUUAAUGCAUUCUCUUGCAUUCUUAGUUCAAAUCCAAAAAGAAACCGUGGUCGAAAGAAUUCGAAACAGACCUACAUAAUUUGAGUUUCUACAACCAUUCAUUCACACUCAAUAAUAGGUAGUCAAGUGAUUUGUCAAUGUACAAGAUUGGGGUAAGUAUUCUCCUGAUUUAUUGUAAGAGGCUGUCUUUCUCUAUAUUUAUCUGGAUUGAUAUGCCGAUGUGUUACACAGGCUUAUUUUUGUAUACAAAUAUUUUAUUGUAAAGGAUAUGAAAAUUCUAAUCUCAAAGUAUAUGAUAGUA